AUGGCGACGACGAUGAAGGGCCUUCUUAAAGGCCUUCGUUACAUUACUCAGAUUUUCGACGAAGAGAAAGAGCAGGAGAUGCAGAUCGGAUUUCCGACCGAUGUUAAACAUGUUGCUCACAUUGGCUCCGAUGGUCCAGCCACCAAUACACCUAGCUGGAUGAAUGAUUUCAAACCUAAAGAAAAUGAGAAAGGUCAAGUUGUUUCCAGAGGAAAUUCCAACAAAUACAAUCCUCCAGGGAUGAACCAACGCAGAGCAGGACUAAAAGAAUUACUUCCUACAGUGGAGAAACCGAAACAGAAAACAAGACGGAAACACAGUGGAGGGUCUUCCCCAAAUCCAAAUGGGUCUCCGUCCAGAAGAAGCAGCGGAAAUACUGUAUCAUCGGAUGAACCAACGAAGCAUUCAAGGCAUAGCCGAAGCCCACACGGGUCGAUGGACUCGACAAAUGAUCAAGACCCUUCAGUCCGUAGAAGGCGUUCGGUUCCAAACACGGAAGCUGCUAAUCAUCUUCCUGAUGGUUCAGCUCCUCCACGGAAGGCAACAUCGCGUCCGAGGAAACUAAAAGGAUCAGUAGGGGGAGAAGCAUCAAUGAAGAAAUCACCGAAAGGAAAACACGAGACUUCAGCUGAUACAUGUAACGAUAUUAUCUGA